GGCGGUGGGUGCGCGGGUCUGCGCAUCCCGCCCCCGGGCCGGGAAGGGGCGGAGCCGGGCGGAGCCCGCCCCCGGCUGGCCCCUCUUCCCCGCCGCUCCUCCGACCCGCGCUGGCCGCAGUCACCGCCGCCUGCAGGAAGCUGGGAGCGGGAUCUUGGGCCGGGAGUGCGGGCUGGGCUGCGUGCACGGGCUCGGCCGCCGCUGCCGGUAGCAUCCCGGGGCAGCCAUGACGACCGCCAUCCUGGAGCGUCUGAGCACCCUGUCCGUGAGCGGGCAGCAUCUGCGACGCCUGCCCAAGAUCCUGGAGGAUGGGCUGCCCAAGAUGCCCGGCACGGUCCCCGAGACUGACGUGCCCCAGCUCUUCCGGGAGCCCUACAUCCGCGCCGGGUACCGCCCCACCGGCCACGAGUGGCGCUACUACUUCUUCAGCCUCUUUCAGAAACACAACGAGGUGGUCAACGUCUGGACCCACCUGCUGGCGGCGCUGGCCGUCCUCCUGCGGUUCUGGGCCUUCGUGGAGGCCGAGGGCCUGCCAUGGACCUCUGCCUACGCGCUGCCCCUGCUCGUCUACGUCCUGUCCUCCAUCACAUACCUCACCUUCAGCCUCCUGGCCCACCUGCUGCAGUCCAAGUCGGAGCUCUCGCACUACACCUUCUACUUCGUGGACUACGUGGGCGUGAGCGUUUAUCAGUACGGCAGCGCCCUGGUCCACUUCUUCUACACCUCCGACCAGGCCUGGUACGAGCACUUCUGGCUCCUCUUCCUGCCGGCCGCCGCCUUCUGUGGCUGGUUAUCGUGCGCCGGCUGCUGCUACGCUAAGUACCGGUACCGCAGGCCCUACCCGGUCAUGAGGAAGAUCUGCCAGGUGGUGCCCUCCGGGCUGGCCUACAUCCUGGACAUCAGCCCCGUGGUCCAUCGCGUGGUUCUCUGCCACCUGUCUGGCUGCCAGGACCCAGCGGCCUGGUACCAUACCCUCCAGAUCAUCUUUUUCCUGGUCAGUGCCUACUUCUUCUCCUGCCCGGUCCCGGAGAAGUACUUCCCUGGUUCCUGUGACAUCGUGGGCCACGGGCACCAGAUCUUCCACACCUUUCUGUCUGUCUGCACGCUCUCCCAGCUGGAGGCCAUCCUCCUGGACUACAAGGGGCGACAGGACAUCUACCUGCCACGCCACAGCCCCCUGUCCAUCUACCUGGCCUGCCUCUCCUUCUUCUUCGUGGUGGCCUGCAGUGCGGGCACUGCAGCCUUCUUGAGACAAAAAAUCAAGGCCAGACUGACCAAGAAAGAUUCCUGAGACUGCCUGGGGGGUGCGGUGUGGAGGCGGCCUGUCGUGAUUUAGGGAGAACUUGAGCCUACAGUAGGAGGUGACUUUGUGUUUUUAAGAGUGGGCUUUUAAAUGAGUCCUAUAUUUCCAAGGGUGGCUAUGGCUAUGGCGUUGGGAAGCCAAAGGUUCCAAGAGUUUUGUUAUCACUGUCGUGAAUGAAAGGUUUAUCUUUCAUCCUCUGGGCUCUAGCCUUAAGAGAUACAGGAAGGGAAGGGACCUUGGCUAAGGUUCAUCGGACACUGAAUUAAGAAUCAUCUUCAUACCUGAACAUUGAGUCGCGUUCUGACUGUGGCCCCCGGGGGCCAGCCCUGGACUAAAGGGAAAAUCUAAUGGGACUGAAAAAAUUACAAGGUGGCUGGACCACACUGUAUUGAAAUGGGCAUUCUUUUGCGAUGCUGGUCUUUGGUGAUUGGAUACUGGAUUCGUCUGACUUCUGGUCCCUUCUCUAGCCGCUUUUCUCAGGAUGACGUCUGCCUGGCUGUUUUCUCCAGAGUGCUGUUCAUUCCCAGCUGUACCUUGGAUGGGCAUAGUGAGGAUGAUGAAGCAGCCAUGCUUCCCGGAAAUGCUUGGAUCCAGGCAGGCAUUCAGGAUAUUUACUCUCAUACAAUACUAAUGGAAACGGUACUAGAAAAUACAAUGCCAAGAGCCAUCAGGAGGCCCAGCCAGCAAGCAUGGCUACUGUUUGGUGUCAUGGGACCCUUCUGUUUUACCCCCGUGCACUGCAGGAUUACUUGACAUCUACUAGGGCUGCUUUACAUGCCAGAAGAUCUGGAGCUUUCUUCAGAGAAUCUUCUCCAGAUUUUGACCAGCAUGUUCAAAAAGCCCCUGGUAGAGUGAAUUGGUUCUAGGGAUCUGAUUGUUUGAAGCGGAACUCAAGGUCCAGCCUCUUAAAUAGAUGCUGCCCCAUGAAGGACCCUUGUAACUCUCCUAGUUCACGGUCCUCGGGAAAGCAUUGUACCUCAGCUUAGAGCAGCUUAAAUCAAGCCCCAGGACAGGCACGUGUGUAUACUCAUGCAAGGUUGGUCCCCAAAGGCCUCUUUGGGUGAGGCUGGUGAACUGGGCACCCUGUAGACAGAAUGUUCUGCUGGGACAUCACUGCCCAGCAGCUUCUGUGGGAUGGGGGGUGGGGGUGGGUACUUACAGUUGAUGUGUCCUGGCUUCACAGCCCCCUGAGGACUGCCUUCUGCAGUGAUCCAGUGAAGGGGGCUGCACUGAAACCCUCCCCAAAGACUGUAUUUCCUAUCAGUAUAAGGUCUCUGUUUACUAAAAAGGGAGGUGGCUUUUCACUCCAGUUUGAUGAACCUCCUCUCUUCCUAGGUUACUGUCUUCACAUCUUUUUUUUUCUCCUUUCUCUUGAGAGAUGUAUAGGGUUUGUGCCUUAUAAAUGAAAAUUUACAAACACUUCACUUAAUACACGGACAUGUGGAAUUUUCAGCUUGAAGUUAUUGGGAUAAGAAAAGAGAAUUCAUUGCCUUUCAACCGGUAGAUGAAAGAAAUUCAGAAUACUGGAAUCGCUUGUCCAUCAAAAGACUCUUUCAACCUGUGUUUUUUGGGGGAAAAAAGUUCAACUGAAGUUUUCCUGUAAUCUUUAUAUCAAGAAAGCAUAGCAGGACUCCCAUGGUGGUCCAGUGAUUAGGACUCUACACUUCCACUGCAGAGGGUGUGGGUUCAAUUCCUGGCUGGGGAACUAAAAUCCCACAUGCUGUGGGCGGCCAAAAAAAAAAAAAAAGAAAGCAUAUGUCUUGUCAGCUAUGUUGUUUCCUCCUGGUGGAUUCCUCCUGGGAAUCCUCAAAUAUCUGAACUUCUGUGCUACCCACAUGUCUUACACGAGCUUCUGGCAUCCAGGCCAAAUUCACCGCCAAUAAAGUUAGUGACCCUGAACGGGAUUGAACUGAUAAACAAAGGAAUAGAAAGUUGCAUCAACAUAGUGCAGGUAGAGGGUCAGUUUAAAAUGGAGAAAAGAAAGCAUCUGAAAUGUUCAUAAUUAUGGAUUUGGAGACUCUCUUCUUGUAAAAGUUGAAAGAAAAGUGUAAGUCAAGCUCUUGAAUGUAACCAUGGUGGCCAUGGUGGGCAGAGAUCUUUAGGCCAUAUGCAAGUAUUUUUAGAGAGACUAGAGGGUGAUUCUCUAUGCCAUCCACAGACCAAUGCCAGUCUGCACACAAAACAGUCUGUGACAAGUACAGAGGGACACUAAAUUUUUAGAUAUGAACAUAAAAUUCAUAACAUUUUGAUUUUAAUUUACCCAAGUAUUGGUCCACCAAGUGAUUGGAAAUUUAAAAAGAAAAAAAUUUUUUUUCACCAGAGAUAUUUGAAAAGCAUUGAGGUAGGAGACUACUAUCUCAUUAGAAAUUCCAGUAUCUAAGGAGAAAUACAGAAACGGGAAAUGCAAGCAUUUUUCACCAUUCAGACUCUUAAGGGUUACACACUCCUUUUAAAACAAUUUCAUUAAAAUGACUGAAUCAGUAAGGAAGCAACCUUGUUUGUUUAAAAGGAAUAAUUAAGUAUUUGAUAAAGGAGAUGGUUCUUCUUACUCUACCAAAGCCAACAAUUGACAUCUACUGGAAAUUCUGCUAUUAUUUCUCUCUGUCUCUUUUUUUUCUUUUUUUUUUUUUAUUAAGACUUUCAAUCUAUUAAAAUGUUAAUGCCUCUAAAAAAAAACUUAACUAUCAGUCAGUUAUAUCUUGGGAAUAAAGUGGAUAUUGUGUGUAUCCCUCUACUCAAGGUAAGGAGAGGGGACAGCAAGAUGCAACAAACUGGGGAACUAGUUGCCUGAUUGCCUCUUGCAAACACUUCCUGACCUGUAUUUACUAAGAAGCUAAUGGUACUGCUCUUCAAAUGUUAUGGUUUCAUCUCCCACCUCGGCUGAAAGUACCUCACUCAGUAACACUACUCUCAAUCCUCCGAUGGAAGCUUGAAAUAGUAGGAGCUGAAACCAUUGAAUGGAGGCAGUUCUUUCCUGCCUCUAUUGUCCAUCAGUUCCCCAGUUAUACCGGGUUGCUUGGAAGCAUUAGAUUCUUCCGUUGCCAUGCUGUAGUUUCAAGUGGGUCCUCCAGAUGGCGCUCAAGUCUUACUCAAAGGAGGUACGGCCAUUGUCCCCAAAGCCUUGGCCUAAUUGUGUUGGUCCUAGAGUUUCGCUUGUUGACUUGGCAAAGAAAAUAUAGAACUAUUUUCUGUUUAUAUAAAUCGACUUACACAAAUGACCAUUAAACAUUUUGUAAAUGGGUUAUUGUACUCUCAACAGCUACCUUGUGUCUUUGACAAGGCCCGUCUUAAAGAAAAGUUUUAUCUAGACAAACUGUCAGAAGGAGACCAGGACACUUCAUAGCCACCUAGAAGUAGGAAAAUAUAAAAGCUUAAAAAAAGAAACCUCCCUACCCAAACUCCCAAAAUACCUGCCCCUCCCCAAAUCCCCACUUGGUAGUAGAUCAAAUUACACCUCCCUCCCCUCAAAAGCUAUGGAGUUGAUUUUUCUGAGGAUUUCAAUCUAAUUGAAUAAAUAUUUCUGAUCUCAUGGACAAUGGUGUUAAAUAUUCCAAACUUUUGAAUUGAUGGAUUACAUUUCUUGAAACCUAAAAAUUAUGAAUUAUACUAUUGUAUACUGUA